AUGAAGAUUUUCAUGUUAUUACUCUCUGUGACGAGUUGUGUGAAGACACAAGUUUCCGAUUCCAGUGGUGUGUAUAAUCCCAACUAUCCUCAACAGCAAUAUCAAAAUAAUAAUCAAAAUGGUUCUCUGUAUCGACAGAAUUCUCAAAUACCUUAUGGUAGCUUUCCAGUGAACCAAAAUCUUAACGAUUACAAUAGCGGUCAGAGUUCAUUUUAUUCAGAUAAUUUUAACUCCAAUCCAUCCAUCUAUGGCGAUAACGACAACGACGUAGAUCCUCAAAAUACAGCUUCUUAUUAUGCAGGCUUAGAUUAUGAAGAAAGAUACAAAUGCCCGCCGAAUUGGAUCAGAUAUCGAGAAUCUUGUUACCGGUUUACAAAAUCGCCGAAUCGUCCAAGAAACGAGGCUCGUAAGAUAUGUUUGGCAUAUGAAGCAGAUUUGGCUGCUGUAAACAGCCCUGAAGAACAUGGUUUUAUUAUAACCCAUCUCAUGAGCUUAGAUCCGCAGAAGGGUUCUUGGUAUAUUGGCGCACAUCAGCAGUCACCUGGUUACUGGUCUAAUGAUGCUGAUGGAUCACAACUAACUGGUCUUGAAAAUGCAUUUUUCAAUGAUCGUACAGCAAUAUACAACAGUUUUAACAUUUUACCACGAGAAUACCUAGUGUACAGGUUUUCACAUGAAGAUGGCCGUUGGGGUUUAUUCCCUGUUGAAGGUACUCAGUAUUAUCAUUUUAUUUGUGAAGGUCAAACACAAAGGCUACAUUAUCUUAUUGAAGAAGAGAGAUCUUUUACUUAUGGCUUAGAAACAUUUGAUCCAGAGAGAAUACCUAGAGGCCCCUACUUCAUAAAGGAACCUGUAGAUACAAUUUAUGAUCCGCAGCGAAACUAUCAUGUACAAAUAACUUGUAUUGCUGGUGGCUAUCCUGCUCCAGUGUACAAAUGGUACAGGGAGGAAUAUCAAGUAGAUAGUCCAAUUUUUACAGAAAUCGACCCAUUAGUUGAGACUAGAUUUGUUGUUAGUGGUGGAACACUUAUGAUUUACAACCCUGACACUGAAAAAGACAAUGCAAAAUACCACUGUACUGCUUCAAAUAAAUUUGGUACAAUACGCUCGGAAUCUAUACGUUUAUCAUUUGGUUUUAUUAGAGAGUUCAAUCAAAAGAGACCUAUUGAAAGUGGUUAUCAAUAUUGGGGUAAAGUUAUGUAUUGUGAUCCUCCAUCAUACUAUCCAGGAGUAAACUUCUUAUGGGCUCGUGGCUAUUUCCCAAAUCUCGUUGAGGAAGACAAACGUGUGUUUGUGUCCUACGAUGGAGGUCUUUAUUUUUCUGCCCUGGAAACAAUUGAUAGAGGAAAUUACAGUUGUAAUGUCAUGAGUAAAGUAUCAGAUCAAGGAAGAAAUGGUCCCUUUUUCCCACUUUUGGUGUAUCCUCAUUCAGACUAUCAACAGCUUAAAUUCCCUAAUAACUUCCCUAAAGUAUUUCCUGAAGCACCUGUAGUAGGCCAGGAAAUUCGAUUAGAGUGUGUCACUUUUGGUUAUCCAGUUCCUUCUUAUAAUUGGACAAGGAAAAAUGGCGCAAUGCCGAAGAAAGCACGCUUAAGUAAAUAUGACCGUGUUUUGACAAUUCCUAAUGUAGGAGUUGAAGAUGAGGGAGAAUAUAUUUGUGAUGUUCACAAUGACAGGGCUCGUAUAUCUAACAGUGUCUUCUUAAAAGUACAAGCUGAACCAAACUUCACUAUUCCUUUGGCCGAUAAACAUAUGGACAACAAAGGUGAGUUACACUGGAAUUGUGAAGCAUUUGGUAUUCCAGAUGUUAAUUACACUUGGUGGAAAAAUGGAAAGAAGCUUUCUAUGGAUACUUUAGAACCUGAAGACAGAGAUCGUUAUAUUAUUCAAGAUAAUGUAUUAAUAAUAAAAUAUUUGGAUCCAACUAGGGAUCCUGGUAUGUUCCAAUGUGCAGCUCAAAAUCAAUUGAAAGCUAGUUUCUCAACUGGACAGCUGCGUGUGUUGUCGCUGAAGCCAUCGUUUAAGAAGAAACCAUUAGAAUCUGAAACUUAUGGAUCAGAAGGUGGUAAUGUUACAUUAAGAUGUAAUCCUGAAGCAGCUCCUAAACCUACAUUUACUUGGAAAAAAGACAACAUUGUCAUUGGUGCUGGAGGAAAGCGCUUUAUUACUGACACUGGGAACCUCAUAAUAAGGCAGUUAUCAAGGGAUGACGAGGGAAUUUAUACUUGUGUAGCUAAAAAUCAAUAUGGUACUGAUGAAAGUCGAGGACGGCUGAUUGUUUUGCGUACUCCACGCUUCCUUGAACCGUUGCCUCCGCGCAUCACGACGCAAGUUAAUCAAGUGGUCUUCUUACAUUGUAACGCGGAAAUAGAUCCAAUCUUAGAUUCCGCCUACCUCUGGAACCAUAAUGGUAUUCGAAUGAAAGAAGCCGCUGAUUUAUUUGCUGAUAAGAGAAUCAAAAUUGACGGAGGAGAGUUAACUAUACUUAAUGUGAGUCUGUCUGAUGUCGGUGAUUACGAGUGUGUUGUAAAAUCAGCAAUCGGCCGCAUUUCUUCCCACACACAAUUACGAAUAGAAGGCCCGCCUGGUCCUCCCGGCGGUGUACAGACACUGAAUAUAGGUCGCUCAUCCGUCACUUUAGAAUGGACAGACAGUAAUUCCAAUGGUCGCCCCAUCAGUGGCUAUAUAGUAACUGGUCGUACCCACUGGAACUCGACAUGGUAUGUCAUUAGUGAAAAUGUAGCCAAUGUGAUAGAAGUAGAUCGAUAUAAUGGACGUAAACGUGUAACUUUAACAACGACCUUAAUGCCAUGGGCUAUUUAUGAAUUCAGAGUUCAAGCUGUAAAUUUGUUAGGACCUGGAAAACCAUCUGCGCCUAGUCCUCAGUUCUCCACGCCUGCAGACAAACCCUAUCAGGCACCAGCGAAUGUUGGAGGUGGUGGUGGAAAAACUGGCGACCUUACCAUUACUUGGACACCAUUACCACCAUCCUUACAGAAUGGCCCAGGUAUUUAUUACAAAAUAUUUUGGCGUCGUAAUGGAACGGAAGUUGAAUUUCAAUCAUUAUCUCUCAAGAAGUAUGGGAACAUUGGAACAUAUGUUGUUCAUAUUUCAACGAGUUAUUUCUAUACGCCAUACGAUGUUAAAGUUCAGGCCUUCAAUGACAUUGGGGCUGGUCCAGAGAGUGAGGUCAAGACAAUAUACUCCGCAGAGGAUAUGCCUCAAGUGGCGCCACAGAUGGUGUAUGCGAGGUCGUUCAACUCGACGUCUUUGAACGUGACGUGGAAUCCUAUUGACCAGUCGCGUGAGAGAUUGCGUGGCAAGCUGAUCGGUCACCGUUUGAAGUACUGGAAACAGGCAAAUAAGGAGGAAGAAUGUAUUUAUUAUUUAUCAAGGACGACACGCAACUGGGCACUCAUUGUUGGAUUGCAACCUGACACUUACUACUACGUAAAGGCGAUGGCUUUCAACUCAGCGGGCGAAGGUCCUGAGAGCGAGCGGUACUUAGAGCGUACAUUCCGAAAGGCGCCUCAAAAACCGCCUGCCUCAGUUAAUGUAUGGGCGUACAAUCCCACCACAGUUCGUGUUGUUUGGCGAUACGUGCAACCUACAGAUGAGGAAGAACCUCUACUUGGAUAUAAGGUGAGGGUAUGGGAGAUAGAUCAAGACAUGAGCACUGCGAACGACACAAUAGUCGAAGUGGAACACAAGUUAGAAGCGUACGUGAUGAACUUGAUGCCAGGCAAGUCGUACAACUUGCGAGUACUCGCGUACUCCAACGGCGGCGACGGCAGAAUGUCCUCGCCUGCCAUCACUUUCCAAAUGGGAGACUAUCACACAGACGCCUAUGGAUAUUACUCUAGAAAUUCAGCUAAUAAACAUUUACAAAUUGAGGUAUCAAUAAUUACUUUACUCUUAAAUUUCAUGCGACUCAUGAUGUCGUGA